AUGGAGGGUGGACCGGGCUGGCAGUCAUUCUCAAUAGGGCUGGGAGCCUGGGACUACCUCCGCCUCGUCGCCGACGCCAAGGGCGCGGAUCAAACUAAGGGGCUGCGGCGCGUGAAGAACAGCUACGCCUCGGUGGCCGAGUACGUGGGCGUCUUCGAACCUCUGCUCUUCGAGGAGGUCAAGGCGCAGAUUGUCCAGGGCCGCAGCAGCGAGGAGGACGGGGACGAGAUUGGGCUGGACUGGCAGAGAGGAGUGGUGGGAUCAUGUGCAGAGUCCGAGGGAUUCCACAAGGUGUCCAUGGCCGUGCUCGAUGCCUUUUGGGAGAUUGUGUCAGAGAAUGACAUUCUCCUGCUCUCCAAAGACAAAUUUGUGGAGGGAGUCACCCCCACUGCAUAUGCCUUUGCCAUAGUGGAACAGCGGGGUGGUAAAGGCACAAUCUCUCUUAGAACAUCUGUGGCAGGGGAAAUUAAAAAUCUGAAUGUUGCAAAGCCUGUCAAGUCUUCAAGACUAGAGCGCAUUACUUCCAUUCUCUCAACAUCAGGAAGCUUUCUGUCGAUUUUAAAGAUAUGCAGCUUGUCUACUAUACUGCGAGAGUACUCUGCAAUGCACUCUGUAGCUUCACUUCCUUUCAAGGAUUUGAUCCUUUCAGCAUCUGAGAAGAAUAAAGACGGAGAUGAUCAAAAUCGUGCCUGGAAUGUCCCUGAGCCACUUAGGGAAUACCUGAAAACAAACCUUAAUGAUUCACAGCUAGAUGCAGUUAAUGCAGGCCUUUCGCGCAGAUCCUUUGUCCUUAUUCAGGGCCCUCCAGGAACCGGAAAAACACAAACUAUCCUUGGACUUCUCAGUGCUGUUCUCCAUUCCACUCCAGCAAGAAUGCAGACCAAAGGAGGGUUCAAUGUUCAAAAGCAUGGGCCUGAGCUGGACACUGAGGGCAAGCUUGCAAACUGGAUGAAAGCAUCUUCUUGGCUGCUUGGUGCAAAUCCUCGCGAUUUGAUUAUGCCUGUUGAUGGUGAUGAUGGUUUUUAUUCUACUGGGAAUGAGCUGAAACCUGAAGUCAUAAGUUCCAGUCGCAAGUAUCGGGCCCAUGUGUUGGUUUGCGCUCCAUCCAACUCAGCACUUGAUGAGAUUGUAUUGCGUGUUCUUCAAACAGGAAUACGUGAUGAAAAUAACAACACUUACAAUCCCAAGAUUGUGCGUAUUAGACUAAAGGCGCAUCAUUCUGUCAAAGCAGUUUCCAUGGAUCAUCUUGUAUGUGAUUUGAGUUGUUAAGCACUCUGUCUAACUUUAAAAAAUGUCAAUCUUGGGAUAAAGAGUUUACACUGCUUAUGCUUCCACUUUUUUCUUGUACGUAGGAAAUGAGAUUUUUUUUCUUUUUUUUACUACAAAUUUAUAAGCUGUUUUGUUUCACUCAUAUA